AAGAAAGCUUAUAUAAUGAAAACUUUUGAAUGUAUCGACUAAAUCAAAUAAACAAAUUAAAAAAUAGGCUAUUUAAUUUAUAAAAACAAUGCUGUAAUAAUAUACGUCAAGUCAAUCAGAACGUUAUCAGCUGUAUAUAAGCAGAUAACAGGUACAUUAUCGUCAGUCAGCAGCUUAUCACUUGGUCCGAGUCCAAGUCUAUUACUCUACGGUUUGUUAUAUUUUCUGUUGUUUUAUUUUUAAAUUAGUCCUUUUUAAAAAACAUAUUUAUAUAUAACUUCAUUUUCGUCGAAUUCUCCGAAUUUAUAUUUGUAUUUUAAACAAAAAAUGACUCAACAAGUGCUUGCUAAUUCUCUGUUGAGAAUGACACAAACUUCCUUUUUGCGGCCAACAUUUAUCAGAAAACAGAGUUCCAUAGCCACAAUGAAAUUCAAGACCAUCAAUUUGACCUCUCCAAAACCUUUUGUAUUUCAUGUUGAACUAAACAGACCAGAAAAACUGAAUUCUUUCAACCAUGAGAUGUUCAUUGAGUUCACUGAUUGUUUCAAAGCUCUACACAAUGAUGAAGACUGUAGAGUAGUAUUAUUGUCUGGUGCAGGAAGGAUGUUCUCAGCUGGUUUGGACCUAACUGCUGCAAUGAAGAUGGGAGAAGUACUAGCUGAACAGGAGGAUGUUGCUAGGCGAUGCAAAAUUUUUAGAGAAAAAAUAACUACAUACCAGGAAGCCAUGUCUGCUCCUGAAACAUGUAUUAAACCAGUUAUAAGUUUGGUUCAUAAUGGUUGCAUCGGUGCUGGUGCUAACCUUAUAACUGCUGUGGAUAUAAGAUAUUGUACUGAGGAUACUUACUUUCAAGUUAAAGAAGUUGAAUUAGGCAUGGCUGCUGAUAUUGGUGCUCUUCAGAGACUACCUCUUAUAAUAGGCAAUGCUUCCUUAGUGAAUGAAUUAUGUUUGACUGGGCGGAAAAUAGGAGCUAAAGAAUCUCUGGAAGCUGGGCUCGUUAGCAAAGUUUUCAAAGAUAAAGAAAGUAUGAUUGCAUCCGGAAUCGAAUUAGCUGAGUCAUUAGCACAGAAGAGUCCGGUAGCAGUCCAAAUGACCAAAAGAAAUAUCCUUUAUUCAAGAGAUUAUGGCGUUAAAGCAGGUCUCCAACAUAUUAGUACCUACUUUAUAGAUGCCCGGAUGUGUCCCAGAAGGGUCUCCGAUCCCAAGGCUGACUGGAACCAAGUAAUGCUUCAGAGUGAAGACUUCAUGAACGCUGCGAUGGCUCUUGCCACUAAGAGCCCACCACCUACCUUCUCCAAGUUAUAAAGUUUCUGUAAUUAUUUUAGCGGCUCUCUAUAUCGUAAACCUCAAUACUUUUGAGGCGAUCGUAAUUUAGAUGAUUACUUUAGGCUUACAUCCUUUCAUUUCUGAAUUAUUGAUUAAGGCCAGUGCCAGAGAUUAGUAACCUCCAAUUGUAGGUUGUGUGGUGUAGGUCAAUUGAAUUUAUUAAAAUAAUACACAACAUAAUGUGUGUAAGUAUAAUGUAAAAUACAUUUUACAAUUUUAAAUGUUAAACUCUUCAUAAAAAUAUUCCUGGCAAAGAAAAUUAUAUAUAUUUUUUAAAAUCAUUUGUUAUCGUAGCCGUUCAGUGGAUCUUAGGUAGUAUAAAUGAAUAUUUCCACACUACCAAUGAAUACAAUUUAUAAUAUUUAUUAUAAAUAGUUCAUUUUAUAUUGUAUGCAUUUCAAUGCAGUAUUGUAUUACUCAAUGCCAAAUUUUGUAUUUUGGCAAUAACAGACACGUAUUAUAGAACGAUCAAUUUUAUGAUCUAUUAAGGGAUAUUUUAUAUUUUUUUAUUUGUAAAAAAAAAUAUCGUAUCUGUUUUACUGUACUAAAGAGAACCUAUUUUUGUAUCUAAUUUUGAAAUAAAUAUAUCUAUUUUUUUUUUUUUAUAAAAAAAAAAUUAAACAAAAAAAACUGAAGAGAAGA